UUUUAUUUUUUCUAAAUACGACAUUCUCUGGUUUCCUUUAUUGUAGCCUCAUUGAAGAUUACUUCUUUUAAAGAUGACAGAAAUUCUUCAAACUGAGGCCUCAUAAGGAACGUUGCCAUGUAGGAGUUUCUAUCAUGGUUUGGUUGCAGAACAUAUUCCGUGCAUAUCCUGGCUGAUGAGGCACUGUAGGUUAAUGUAUUUGUCUAUGUAAAAGCAGUGGAUCAUGUAUAAAAGAAGGAAAUUUCUGAUAUAAGAAAAAAAUCUCUAUAUACUAGCCAGCCAUUAGAGGACCAUGAUGCGUGUCUUAUCCUUAAAAUGUGGCCGUUUGUACCGUUAUGUGAAGUUUAUAUUCCUUGUUGCCUUGUUAAUUGUAUUACUGAUGCACACGCACACCUUGUUUGCAUCAUUUCAAAGAAAUGAAUUAACUGAUCGCAGGUUUAUUGGCCUUAACAAGUGUCCUGCAUGUUUUGGAACUAGCUGGUGUAGGAAAUUUAUGAAUGACCAUAUUCGAUUUGAGUCCUGGGAUAGACUGAGGUUUUUGGACUUCUUUAAUGUAAAGAAUGUUCACUUUGCACAGUAUGGAGAACCAAGAGAAGGAACCAGACGGAUUGUUCUUAAACGUUUGGGUUCAAACCAAGAAUUGGCUGAUAUAGACCAAAAGAUCUGUAAAAGAGCAACAGGCCGCCCACGCUGUGACCUAGUCCAGGCCAUGUACAAGACUGAAUUUGCUCGUUUAAAUGGUGAUGUUAGAUUAUUGACUCCUGAAGUUGUUGAUGGAUGGUCAGACUUGGUCCAUUGUCCAUCUCAGAGAUUGUUGGAUAGAAUAGUGCGCAGGUAUGCAGAAACAAAGGAUUCUGGAAGCUUCUUGUUGAAAAACUUGAAAGAUACCGAGCGCAUGCAGUUGCUAAUGACUCUUGCCUUUAUCCAGAACCUCUUGUGCUACAGGUAAGUUGUGCAUUAUUGUUUAAAUCCAAUUUAUC